AUGCCAUUCUUGCGAUCAAGCCAUGGCGGCCCUCAGCAGCGGGAUCUCGGGGACUGCAACGUAGGGAGGGGAGGGCGGCCCGGACAAGCGACACGCGCCGAGGAGAGGAAGAGAUAUAUCAGAGGUGCCCGCAGAAAGUGGGACGGGGGCGCCGAUAGGAAAUUUCGAGACUUACAGGGAGAACCAGAAGGGCGAUUCGGGAGGCAAAUCGGUGGGGGGGUGGGAGGGGAGGAGGGGAGGGUUCUGAGCAGUGGGAGAGAGGGAGAUUUGGGGGUUGGAGGUGGGGAGGAAGAUGUUGACGACGGCGGUUGA